CGCUUCCCUCCAAACCUUCCUUUGCAAGAGGCAGGCGACCAGCUUUCUCGUCUUUCUCGGUCGCGCGGCGAAUACACAGCCUGUCACUGCUCACUGUGCGGCGCACUGGACUCCUACCGAACAAAAUUUUGUGUUCGCUGGCCCCACUUUUGGCGUGCAGCACUGCAGCGUAGGUUAAUCACGUUGGUCACCGAGCUGGAAACGGCAGCCAUUGCAGCAAGCGCCUGUGCCCUUGUUCAGUUGAAGACACGCGAACGCGUCAUGGGACCGACAAGAAAACCCGAGGUCUAGUUUACGCAGGACAGCAACAUCAGCUGUGGGCACGGAUCGAACGAGCCGAGGAAGUCUGAACAAUGAGUUUCGAGAGGGCUUCCCGGGAUGUACCGCUUGGCAGCCUCGUGACGGGCCAUCGAGGCAAGGUGCGCCGUGUCCUGUGCCUGGCUGGUUCCAGUGUUCCUGUUAUUUCGGAGUUCCGGCACUACCAGGGAUCCUGAGCCACUACCCCAGCGGCUUGUCGCCAUGUCACCGUCACAGCCUACGCAACCCGAGCCGUCUCCGCCGCGUACGGCGGGCCAGCGACGAUUACGGCCACACAUAUUUAUCAACAAUGAAUUCGUCAACUCCAAGUCCGGCAAGACAUUCGUCACGUAUAACCCAGCUAACGAGGAAAAAAUCGCCCAAGUCCAGGAAGGGCUGAAAGAAGACAUAGACGAGGCUGUGAAGGCGGCAAGGCAGGCCUUCAAACGUGGCUCUAAAUGGCGCACCAUGGGCGCUUCUGAGCGCGGCAUCCUCAUCAACAAGUUGGCUGACUUGCUGGAGAAGAAUGCUGACUACAUUGCGCCCAUUUUACAGAGCUUGGAGAGUUUCAACAAUGGCAAGCCGUUCACCGAAGCGCAGAACGACGUGAAGUUUAGCGUGAAAUCCCUGCGAUACUGCGCUGGAUACAGCGACAAGAUCCAUGGGCUGACCAUUCCGGCAGAUGGUCAAAUUUUUGCUUAUACGAGGCGUGAACCCGUCGGAGUUGUCGGACAAAUUAUUCCGUGGAACGCACCUAUGGUGAUGUUCUGCUGGAAGAUCGGCUCUGCCCUGUGCACGGGAAACACGGUCGUCGUGAAGCCGGCCGAGCAGACGCCGUUGACGGCGCUGUACGCGGCCAGCCUGGUGCGCGACGCCGGGUUUCCCCCGGGCGUCGUAAACGUGGUGCCAGGAUUCGGGAAGACUGCCGGUGCUGCCCUCUCCAACCACCCGGAUGUCGACAAGAUCGCUUUCACUGGAUCAACACAGGUUGGCCGAAUGAUACUGAAAGCUUCUGGCGACACGAACUGCAAGCGGGUAUCCCUGGAGCUUGGUGGAAAAAGUCCUCUGAUAAUAUUUCCUGACGCUGACCUGAAAUUGGCUGUGGCCGUUGCACAUCAUUGCGUGUUCGUGAACACGGGCCAAGUGUGCUGCGCUCCGACGCGCACCUUCGUGCAUGAGGACGUGUACGAGCAGUUCGUCGCCGCCUCUGUCAGGAUGGCGCAGGCGCGGGUGCUGGGAGACCCCUUCGAAGAGACCACCAAACAGGGACCGCAGGUCAGCAAGGAACAGAUGGAGCGCGUGCUGGGCUACGUCGAGGCCGGGAAGCGCGAAGGCGCCCGGCUGCAGUGCGGAGGGCAGCGCCACGGCAGCCGUGGAUACUUCGUCCAGCCCACGGUGUUCUCUGACGUGCACGACGACAUGACCAUCGCCCGCGAGGAAAUCUUCGGCCCCGUGCAGAGCCUCUUCAAGUUCAGCACCACGGAGGAGGUCAUCGAGCGCGCCAACAGGACCACGUACGGACUCGCCGCUGGACUGUUCACCCGCGACCUGGACACGGCGCACACCGUAUCGCACGCCCUCCAAGCAGGCGUCGUGUGGAUCAACACGUUCAUGGAAUUGGGCCCGCAGACUCCGUUUGGAGGCUACAAGAUGUCGGGACUUUCACGUGAAAUGGGCGAAGAUGGCAUCCUGACGUACACGGAAGUGAAGACGAUUGUGACGAAGAUAUCCGAAAAGAAUUCGUGAACAAGCUGGUACAAGCCGUGGUCUGAUCUUCGAAGCUUCCCUUGCGCUACUUUUGCAUCUUAUAGGGGCAGAGUUGAAGUUACAAAUAAAUUCUUGGCUUAUCAUACAAUGCCGACACAUAGAAUGCCAUUCAAGGUUUAUAAAAAAAUAAUAAAGAAGGCAAGCUUUUCGAGCUAAACGCA